CCGGAGGCCCCCCAAAUCGACGGACACGCUCCCUAUACUUUGCUAGCGAAAGCAAUCCCCCAGAGCAGGAAACCGACGAAGAAGAAGCGGAUCGAUCGAGUCGGCGAGAGCGAUGGCGGCGCUCCGGCACGCGGCGAAGAGGCUCUGCGAGCGUGCGCUCCAGCAGCGAGGAGCGCAGGUGAGGUCUUCGGUCGUGGCGGAGGGACCUCGGCGGCUCUUGCUAAACGGCGCUUCCCCUGGCCGCCGGCGCAUGUCCACCUCCUCCAUCAGUGGCAAGCCGACAUCUAGUGCAGCGCCUCACGGCGAGCUGGAAUUGCUGGAAAUGCGAUUCAAUAAGAAGAAAGAAGAGAUGUAUGAUUUGCUUGUAGCGGUGAAAAGCUCUGAACUUUACCCAGAGUUGUCCUGGGAAGACAUCCAAACUCAUCGGCUCAUCACUCACCUUGCUGCUCAAGUGAAGCCUAGGCCUCAUGACCCAAUUUGGCGCAGGUUCCGAGGAAUAAGAAGACUCAAUGAUUUUAACACUAUAUGUGCUCCUCUGGGAUAUUUUGGUCUGCUCGCCUACUGCGUGGCAACUAACAUGAAAGAAGAUGGCGCUACAAGCAAGAAUAGUGAAGCCAAUUUCGUCUCCGAGCCAAAGAACGAUAUGAACUAGCUUUAUAUUAAAAGUCUAGAAAGUCUCCUGAGCUUAUGUAAUUAGUGAUAUGAUGACAUCUAGUUGUAGUUGUAGGUUUCGCUGGAUGCUGGCAACGUUAAUGGAAUCAGCCUGAAGUUGGAGUGGUCGUGCAAGUCCUUUUAAAUUAACUUUUAUGUGACGAAAGAGAACAGAAAAUCCGGCGAUAUCUUUAGGUAACUUGUCAUGUUUAUUUCUUGUGAGCAGAAAGCUUCAGGGUGGUCCCUCUUGAACUAAGCUACCAAGCAUGUCUAUAUUGUCAUGCCUGCUUAUAUGGAAACAUGUGAGCUUUGUUCAG